AUGGAUAAUCAAUCAUACUCAUAUGAAUACACAAAAGAAGAGUUAAAAGGAUAUGAUUCAACAAGAUUACAACAAAUUUGUAGAGAUAGAAAGAUAGGAGGAGGAAGUUUAUCAAAAAAAAAGAAAGAAUCAAUCCUUUUAAUAUUAAGCAAUCAAGAACAAAGAAACAACAAGUAUCCAACUUUGAUCCAAGUGUCCAAGAAACAGAGAUAUUAUCGGGUGUCACCAAAAGAUGUAUUCUAUGGAAGCUUUGGCAUCAACAAACAAUCACUCGUUCAAAUGAGCACCAUGAUGCAAGGAUUGGUUAGUUUUACAGCUGGAAUGAUGGUGUUGGACAAGAGCGACUUUAAAGUACUCGCUAGUAUUCAGACAUUGGUCAAGAUCAAUAUUAAAUACAUUACUUAUGAUCCUGAAUGGAUCUACCAAAAAGGUGGUGACUUGGUAUUAGAGUUGGUCAAGUUGCUGGAUCGUCCAAUGAUCAAACUCAUCAUGCCCGUCAAAUAUAGAUUAGGUUUGACCGUCAACCCCAUCCUUCAAGACUCUGUCGAAACGUAUGGAGCAGCCUCUUUUGGAGAGGAACAACUGGUGAGUUACAAGAACCUCACAAAGUUUAUUUGUUCAGGCAAUCAAACUCUCUCCAACAAUCAUAAUAAUAUGAGUCAUCUCAACAACAUUACACAUCUAUGCGCAGAGUUAACACUUAGAGAAACCAACUCAAAGGAGAAUUGGAUCAAAGUCAUCUCCUCAUUGUAA